AUGAAGCAGUUCACGGGUGUUUUGUCGCAGUUCCGCCAAGUUCGGGCGCUUAUCGCUAUUAUCACCGUGACAUUUGGGAGCUCAACCAUCAUGGCGGGUGAUACAACUCAAUCCAGGGUCACGCCAUACCUGAUCUAUCUCGUGUUUGUCACGACCCUAGGCCCUCUGCAAUUUGGUUACCAUCUGGCUGAGCUCAAUGCCCCCCAGGCGGUCGUGACAUGUGAAAAGAAAUCCAUACAUUCGGCUUCUCCCUAUGGCUUGCCGCAAUGUCUCCCUAUGACACCUUCACAAUUCGGUCUGGUCUCCUCGAUCUAUACACUUGGUGGACUAGUUGGGGCUUUGCUGGCAGGGCCCGUGUCAACCAAAUAUGGACGCCGCCUUGCGCUACGAGCAACAACAAUCUUUUUCAUCCUAGGACCCGUGGCUGAGACCCUGGCACCGGCCAUUCCGCUCCUGGCCCUAGGCAGAUUCCUCUCGGGAGUGGGAUCAGGCGCAGCUAUUGUAGUUGGUCCUAUCUAUGUCUCGGAAAUCUCGCCUCCGGAGUCGCGCGGCUUUUUCGGUGCCUUUACACAGGUCAUGACCAAUGUGGGUAUAUUGUUGUCUCAGACACUGGGGUACUUCUGGAGUCGUGACAGUCUAUGGCGGAUUAUUCUUGCCGUGGCUGGCAUUAUUGGAGCACUGGAGCUCCUGGGGCUGCUCAUGGUGCCUGAGAGCCCAGCAUGGCUCAUUGAUAAUCAUCAAGUGAGCCAGGCUCGCAAGGUUCUCCAGCGAAUCCGUGGCCGAGAUGCAGACAUCGGCCCGGAGAUCGAAAUCUGGAGAAACUCGGGCGCAGGUCCUGCAUCAGGAGAAGAAGAGUCUCUUCUUGCUCCGACAGGCAACCAGAUUCCCAAACAGUCCGUCACAAUCACGCAGGCUAUUCGGGAUCCGUACUACCUGCCCGCCAUCAUCGCUGUUGUGGGUGUGAUGAUUGCCCAGCAAUUUACUGGAGUCAACAGCAUCAUUAUGUACAGUGUUUCCCUGCUGCAGAGCAUUCUACCAACCACUGCCUCACUUCUCACCGUGGGCAUCUCGGCAAUCAAUCUUGUCAUUACUCUGGCAUGUUCGCCUUUGCCCGAUCGUAUCGGCCGGAAGACCUGCCUACUGCUUAGUAUCGGAGGCAUGGGCUGCAGCUCCAUACUUCUGGCCUUAGGGAUGCAGUUUGAUCUGAAGAUCGCAUCCGCAAUCGCUGCACUACUGUUCGUCGCUUGUUUUGCUGUGGGACUGGGCCCCGUUCCCUUUAUCCUGGCGUCCGAGCUUGUGGGACCCGAGGCGGUUGGGGCAGCGCAAAGCUGUGCACUGGCGGCCAACUGGACGGCGACAUUUAUCGUGGCCCAGUUCUUCCCCGUGCUUAAUGACUCUCUCGGUGGUCAUGGAAAGGUCUACUGGAUUUUUGCGAUCAUGGCGGGGCUUCUAGGCUGCUUCAUCUACUGGUGGGUGCCGGAAACCAAGGGCAAGGCCAAUGCCGACGAGGUCUGGGGCCGCGUGGAUCGACGCCAGGACUAG